AUGGCCACAGCAAACCCCAUCUCCGCAGCCCCCGCGCUCCGCAAUGAAUUCCCCACUCCGACCCAUCCCGACCGACUACAAGUCAAUCGCAGCGCCAUUGCCUUUGGCAGCGGGGCAUACUCGCUCAUCGACCUGCCCGCCGGUGCACUAUUUGCCAAAAUCACCACAGCCACUCCUGGCAAGAAAGCCUACACCACUGUACAAACUGGCGCGAAUACCCAUAUCGAACUGAACUCGGAUUUGGUCUACUGCAAUCACUCUUGCGCACCCUCGCUUGUGUUUGAUAUGUCUCGAUUGGAGGUGCGGGUAGUGGAUGAUCGGGCGUUGAAGGCUGGAGACGCCUUGACAUUCUUUUAUCCGAGUACGGAGUGGGAUAUGGAUCAACCGUUUCAAUGUACUUGUGGCGCAGAUGCCUGUCGGGGAAUGAUCACUGGGGCCAAGGCUACCUCCAUCGGUGUCCUGAGACAGUACUGGUUGAACCCCCAUAUUGAGGCCUUGUUGCAGGAACAGUGA